CAUGGGCUUCCUCAGCAGCAGAGCUGGAAGGGUUUUCCGACAUCAUCCAGCACUUUCACGCGUGGAAUGUCCAUACUGUGCCUCUUCAGAAAGGUAAGACCAGGAAAGUUCUUACUGUCAGCCCCUCAGGGCAAGAGCACACACGCACCCAGAGCCCAGAGGCAUCUCGUGGCUCUUGCGGCUUCCCACACAAAGUCCCCCUGGCGGCUUCUCUCCCUGUGCAGCUGCCUCUCCAGUUUUCGGGGGCCUUAGUUCCCCAGGGCCUUCAAUCCCCAAGGCAGACGUCAGAUCCUCUCCAUUUCUAGGGCCGCUGUCAGCCUGACCGCAAGUCAGGGGGUUGUAUCAGGACUGAAUUUCUCUUCAGAGAGCCUCAUUUUCUUACCAUGGCUCGGUUUGUGCCAUGUUCCAGGAGGGGACACCUAAGCCUCACCUGCCCUGUGUUGGUGGCAAAACAAAGGCCUAAGGAGAGGAAAAGCCUUGCCCUCAACCCCUCAGUCUGUCUAGGUCGGCUCCAGGCUUCCACUUUCUUUUUUCUUUUCUUUUCCAUCAGCUUCAGGCAAGGGGCUCAAAGUCCUUUAGGCCAGAGCUUGGUGGAUCAUGGUGCCUGGACAGGGGAACCAGAUGGGUAGCUGGCGGCCCCUCCUGCCCAGUACUCCUGGGGCCGCACAGGGACGGAACUGGGAAGAGCGCUAGUGUGUCCAGCAGUGAUGAGCGCAGGCUCCCUGCUGGAUCCUCUGGCACCCUCAGGCACCCGUUUACGGAGUUCAGAGGCCACAGACGCCGCCCCCAUGCCUCCCAAGUGUCCCUUCUGUGCUCAAAGGGCAGAGGCUGUGACGGGCUCCCGGGCACAGGAUGUGCCGUGGCCUGGCCCAGCUCCUCACGCUCCCGGUCUCUACCCAACAGCCACCCGCCUGCCCCUGCCAUGGAGACCUUCUUUAGGAGACACUUCCGGCGGAAGGCACCAGGCCCUGGAGAGGGGCAGAGGCGGCCCGGCGGCGUGGGGCUGCCCACGGGCAAGGCCCGGCGCCGCUCGCCUGCAGGGCAGGCCUCCUCCUUGCUGGUCCAGCGGCGCCGCUCCAGCCCACAGCUGCAGGGCUGCCUCCUGGGCUGCGGGAUGGGGGCCCGGCGCUCCAGCCGCCGGCGCUCCAGCACCGCGCCCCCCGCCUGCAACCCCCGCUUCACCGUGGAUGAGGUGCCCGCCCUGCAGCCUGCCGCUGUUGGGGCCCCGCGUCUGGGCGCACCCCUGCUGUUGGCCGGGCUCGUGGGCAUGGAUGAGGAGGGGGGCGUCCAGGAGGAGGAUGUGACAGUUGCGUCAUUGAUGGCCACCCAGCCAGGCACCAAGAGACCGGGGUCAUCCCCACAUCGGGGAGCCCUGCCCCUGCUGCCCAUUCCCCGCUGGCGCCGGCGCCGGGCCUCCUCUCACCUGCUGCCCGCUGACGUGGUGAAAGACCACGCCCUCUGGGGCCUGCACGGUUACUACCGGCCCCUCAGCCAGCAGCGGCCCUCAGGCCAGCACCUCAGCCUGGGGGGCCGAAGAGCCUCGGGCACCGCAGCUGGCCCCGGGUUGCCUGCCUGCGUGCGCCCGCUGUCCCGCAGACGCCAGGUAGCCCUGCGGCGCAAGUCAGCCGGACCCCAGACCUGGAGUGCCCUGCUUGCGAAAGCCAUCACCAAGUCAGGCCUCCAGCACCUGGCACCCCCUCCUCCUGCUCCUGGGGCCCCGCGCGGUGAGCCUGAGCGCCAGAUCCGGAGCACUGUGGACUGGAGCGAGUCAGCGACGUAUGGGGAACACAUCUGGUUUGAGACCAACGUGUCCGGGGACUUCUGCUAUGUUGGAGAGCAGUACUGUGUAGCCAAGAUGCUGAAAUCAGUGUCCCGGAGAAAGUGUGCAGCUUGCAAGAUUGUGGUGCACACCCCCUGCAUUGAACAGCUCGAGAAGAUAAAUUUCCGCUGUAAGCCGUCCUUCCGAGAAUCAGGCUCCAGGAACGUCCGUGAGCCAACCUUCGUGCGGCACCACUGGGUACACAGGCGGCGCCAGGAUGGCAAGUGUCGGCACUGCGGGAAGGGCUUCCAGCAGAAGUUCGCCUUCCACAGCAAGGAGAUCGUGGCCAUCAGCUGCUCCUGGUGCAAGCAGGCAUACCACAGCAAGGUGUCCUGCUUCCUGCUGCAGCAGAUCGAGGAGCCGUGCUCCCUGGGGGUCCACGCCGCCGUGGUCAUCCCGCCCACCUGGAUCCUCCGUGCCCGCAGGCCCCAGAAUACCCUCAAGGCAAGCAAGAAGAAGAAGAGGGCAUCCUUCAAGAGGAAAUCUAGCAAGAAAGGGCCUGAGGAGGGCCGCUGGAGACCCUUCAUCAUCAGGCCCACCCCGUCCCCCCUCAUGAAGCCCCUGCUGGUGUUCGUGAACCCCAAGAGUGGGGGCAACCAGGGCGCCAAGAUCAUCCAGUCCUUCCUCUGGUAUCUCAAUCCCCGGCAAGUCUUUGACCUGAGCCAGGGAGGGCCCAAGGAGGCGCUGGAGAUGUACCGCCGGGUGCACAACCUGCGGAUCCUGGCCUGCGGGGGUGAUGGCACGGUUGGCUGGAUCCUCUCCACCCUGGACCAGCUGCGCUUAAAACCACCGCCGCCCGUCGCCAUCCUGCCCCUGGGCACCGGCAACGACUUGGCCCGCACCCUCAACUGGGGUGGGGGCUACACCGAUGAGCCCGUGUCCAAGAUCCUCUCCCACGUAGAGGAGGGCAACGUGGUGCAGCUGGACCGCUGGGACCUCCGUGCUGAGCCCAACCCUGAGGCGGGGCCCGAGGAGCGAGAUGAGGGGGCCACCGACCGGCUGCCGCUGGAUGUCUUCAACAACUACUUCAGCCUGGGCUUUGAUGCCCACGUCACCCUGGAGUUCCACGAGUCUCGAGAGGCCAACCCAGAGAAAUUCAACAGCCGCUUUCGGAAUAAGAUGUUUUACGCCGGGACAGCCUUCUCCGACUUCCUGACGGGCAGCUCCAAGGACUUGGCCAAGCACAUCCGCGUGGUGUGUGACGGGACUGACCUGACCCCCAAGAUCCAGGACCUGAAACCCCAGUGCAUUGUUUUCCUGAACAUCCCCAGGUACUGCGCGGGCACCAUGCCCUGGGGCCACCCUGGGGAGCACCAUGACUUCGAGCCCCAGCGGCACGACGAUGGCUACCUCGAGGUUAUCGGCUUUACCAUGACAUCCCUGGCGGCACUGCAGGUGGGCGGGCACGGCGAGCGGCUGACACAGUGCCGAGAGGUGCUGCUCACCACGUCCAAGGCCAUCCCGGUGCAGGUGGACGGCGAGCCCUGCAAGCUCGCGGCCUCACGCAUCCGCAUCUCCCUGCGCAACCAGGCCACCAUGGUGCAGAAGGCCAAGCGGCGGAGCGCCGCCCCCCUGCACAGCGACCAGCGGCCGGUGCCGGAGCAGCUGCGGGUCCAGGUGAGCAGGGUCAGCAUGCACGACUACGAGGCCCUGCACUAUGACAAGGAGCAGCUCAAAGAGGCCUCCGUGCCCUUGGGCACCGUGGUGGUCCCAGGAGACAGCGACCUGGAGCUGUGCCGCGCCCACAUCGAGAGGCUCCGGCAGGAGCCCGAAGGUGCUGGAGCCAAGUCCUCGACGUGCCAGAAACUCUCCCCCAAGUGGUGCUUCCUGGAUGCCACCACUGCUAGCCGCUUCUACAGAAUCGACAGGGCCCAGGAACACCUCAACUAUGUGACGGAGAUCGCACAGGAUGAGAUUUAUAUCCUGGACCCUGAGCUGCUGGGGGCGUCUGCCCAACCCGACCUCCCAACCCCCUCUUCCCCUCUCCCCACCUCGCCCUGCUCACCCAGGCCCCGGUCACUGCCAGGGGAUGCUGCACCCCCUACAGGUGAAGAGCUGAUCGAGGCUGCCAAGAGGAACGAUUUCUGUAAGCUCCAGGAGCUGCACCGAGCCGGGGGUGACCUCAUGCACCGAGACGAGCGGAGCCGCACGCUCCUGCACCACGCCGUCAGCACCGGCAGCAAGGAAGUGGUCCGCUACCUGCUGGACCACGCCCCCACAGAGAUCCUUGAUGCUGUGGAGGAAAAGACCCUGAACUUCCUGCCCUUUCUGAUGGCCUUCGGGAGACGGGAGGGCUCAGAGGACUGGAUGGGGUCCACAGCCAGCCCCUGUUCCCCCAGCGGGGAGACCUGUCUGCACCAGGCCGCAGCCCUGGGCCAGCGCACCAUCUGCCACUACAUCGUGGAGGCCGGGGCCUCUCUCAUGAAGACGGACCAGCAGGUGAGCAGACUAGCAGCGCAGGCAGGGAAUCCACGCACACACGGAGCAACCCUUUCCCAAACUCCAGCCCGGGGGGAGGGGAGUCGGGGGGGAGGGCCGCCUCGGGGGAUUCAAAGCUGCCCUUCAACCGGCACAGUCCAGACCCCGAGAACCUGAGCCAGCAAGAGUUGGCUGCUCCCGAGGGAAGAGCCCGCGUCUUCUAAGCCUGCUGGG